UUGUCAUGUUACAGCAAGAUAAUUGGAGCUCGAUAUUACGGUGCCUCACGGCCGAAUUCGUCUCCGUCUGCAAGGGACAAUCAUGGUCAUGGAUCUCACACUGCCUCUACAGCAGCAGGGAACAUAGUAAACGAUGUUAGCUUUUUUGGACUGGCACAAGGUAACGCAAAAGGAGGGGUUCCCAGUGCGAGGAUUGCAGCAUAUAAAAUCUGCCAACCGGACGGGUGUUCUGAUGAAGAUAUCUUGGCCGGUUUUGAUGAUGCAAUUGCUGAUGGAGUUGACAUCAUUUCAGUUUCACUAGGAGCAGGAGGACAAGCUGAAGCUUCUGAUUUCUUUAAUAAUUCCAUUGCAAUUGGUUCUUUUCAUGCAAUGCAGAAGGGGAUAUUAACUUCUCAGGCUGCAGGCAAUAGUGGUCCUUCAUAUGGAUCAACCACAAGUGUAGCACCGUGGUUGAUUUCUGUAGCUGCAAGUACCACAGACCGUCUGUUCAUAGACAAGGUUGUCCUUGGUGAUGGAAGAACACUAGUUGGAAAAUCAAUCAAUUCCUUCGCAUCACCCACAACCACGUUUCCUCUACUACAUGGAACACAAGUUUCAAUUCGGUGCUCUGUAAAUGAUGCAAUGAACUGCAAACCAGGGUGUCUAGACAAGACAAUGGUGAAGGGAUCGUAUGUGCUUUGUAAUUCGUAUGGUGGAUAUUCUGAGGCUUACAAUGCUGGUGCACUAGGGGUGGUUAUGAGAAAUGAACCAUAUCUAGAUGUUGCUGAUAUUGUUACAUUCCCUGCAUUGCUAUUAAACGCUACAGAGCAUGAUUUAGUCUUGUCCUACGUGAAUUCCACAAAAUUCCCUAAAGCAAGGAUUUUGAAAAGUGAAACUAUGAAUGAUGCGGAAGCUCCUACCAUUGCUUCGUUCUCUUCACGAGGACCAAAUUCUAUUACACCAGAUAUUAUAAAGCCAGAUUUAAGUGCCCCAGGGGUGGAUAUCUUAGCUGCAUUCUCCCCACUCGCUACACCCUCGUUUAGUAGUAGUGAUCCAAGGCAUGUUCCCUACACUAUUAUGUCUGGAACCUCUAUGGCUUGCCCCCAUGUUUCUGGUGCAGCUGCCUAUGUCAAGGCAUUUCACUCUGAGUGGUCUCCUUCAGCCAUCAAAUCUGCCCUUAUGACUACUGCUUACCCCAUAAGUGAUGCCAAAAGUCUGGGUGGUGAAUUUGCCUACGGAUCUGGGCUUGUAUUUCCAGUGGAAGCUGCUCGUCCAGGACUUGUUUAUGAAGCACUAGAAGAAGACUACAUAAUAAUGCUUUGUAGCAUUGGCUAUGAUGCAAAGAAACUUCAAAUCUUAUUAGGAGAUACUAACACUGCUUGUCCUACAGUCACUGCAUCACCAAAGGAUUUGAAUUACCCUUCAAUGGGAGCUGAGGUCGUUCCAGAAAGGCCUGUAAAUAUUAUGUUCAACAGAACAGUUACAAAUGUUGGCAUCGAGAAUUCCAUUUACAAGGCAAAAAUAGUCACAAAUUCAAAACUUAAUAUAGAAGUGGAGCCCGAAGUACUCACAUUCAAGGCCGUACUUGAGAAGAAAUCUUUUGUUGUAUCUGUCAGUGGUAGUGUGCCAGUUAACUCAAGGCUAUCCGCAUCACUGGUGUGGUCUGAUGGCAGUUUCAGUGUGAGAAGUCCAAUUGUUUUGCACGCCCAAAGCAUUAGAGCUUAAUUGGAAUAGAAUCAUUAUAAGCUUGCCAUAACAAACUCCGACUUCUACAAAUAGGUCAUUCUUCCUUCCAAUAAAAUUUUAAUGUAAAACUCAAGCUAUUAGUGUCACACCCCAAACUCAAAAGGGUCCAAAGCAUGAGAAAAACAUCCCAAUGGUACCUGUAGAUUUUUUCCUUCUUGGCAAAUCAAACUAUAGGAGAUCUUUAUUUUCCUUUCUUUUCCAAAGGAUAUGAAUAUACAACCAUACUAAAAUUGCCACAUUACAAGUCAGAGCUCUAUAACACAUAUACGAACAAUAACUAAAAAUCAUGUGCCUCCACAUAAUACAUGAAUAUAUUACAAAAAUUUGAUUAAAUUACACAAAGUCACAAUCUUAUUGAGAAUAAAGACCUUAACAUUGAGCCUAGGCCUACCAUGCCAAGGGCUAACAAACCUCAAGCGAUCCAUUUCCAAUAGGAUUAAUUAAGGUCUCGUUGAACAUAGCAAGAUCAAGUCACCAACCAUUUAUAGCAAAAAUCUCCAAAUUUAACAUAGCACUCUAAUUCUCACCAAAGAAGUAAGCUCCAUACCCAAGGUAUAGCUAAUAAAUUUGAAAAAUUGUUAGAGGGUGGGAUGAGCUAACGCCCAGUAAGUAGCAUAAAUGCAAGUUUCAUGAUAAUGUUUACAAAAUAUGUUUUAGUUUGGGAAAUUGCUAACUGAAUACUGCAAGAUCAUUUUCAAUAAUAAUAUAACAAGAAUGAUUAAAUGAUGAAACACAAAGUUUCUCAAAAUAAUACCAUGAAACUAUAUAUUAUAAUCAAUGAGCACUAAUAAUAUAAUUCCAAAGCCAUAAAAUCCAACAUACAGUAAUUUAUCACAAAUAUACCACACUACCACAUAGACUGGUCAAGGGAUCCACCCAUUCACAACUGGCAUGAUAUUAUCCUCUCUGGUAUGCAGACUCUUGGCCCUAUAGACAACGGCCCCACCCAUACCCACAAGGUUUUUCUCUCCCCCCAUGGGCUGCCGAGAGAGUGCAUCAAAUAGGACCUCUCUUGCAUGUGGUCUCUUGGCCCCUUGGGUAACAACCUCACCCACACACAAUCAAGGAACCUCUUCCCCAUAUAGGCAAUAGGGAAGAACGCGUCAUCCAAAGUGAAAAAACACUGAUCUGGAUUUGAUUCCAUUGUCACAAAGACUACAAAAAUCAAAUCGAGAAAUCACACAUGGCAUGGUGUUAAAACCACAUAAGCUCACAAGUUACAUUACUUUGAAACACAUAGUUCAUAUCUA